AGAGUUUUACUCUUCUAAUUGUGUGAAGUUGUUUCGUUCGGUGUAUCUUAUAUGAUUCGGACAUUAUCCAAGAACGAUAUAUUUUUGUUUUGUUUCUUUCAUCAUUCAUUUUGAUUGCUUUGGAAACUGCUCCCAAUUUAUCUGAAUUCGCUGAAUUUGCAUGAAAAUGGCCGACACGGAAAAGAAUGGAAUAAGAGAUCCGAAUGACUUCAUUGGAGAGAUCAGCGAAAGUCGACACAAGAAUGACGACUCGGCGUGGAGGCAUUACAUCUCAAACAUGGUAGUGACUCAUCAUGGAAUCUCUACCCUUGCAAAUACUCAUCUCUCUGAAAUUUGGUUUUGUGAGCUGAAGCGUUUCGCAGAAUGA